UCUGCGCCCUGGUUUGGUAUACGGGGCGGCUCCUAUAUUCCUAUUCACCUUUUAGCGUUACCCCAGGAGUGCAUGAAUGGUGAUUUAACGCGUGCCGAGGAAAAAGAAGCUUCGCGUCCGGCGGCCGCUGGCCAAGUGAAAGAUUUAGGGAUUAGCGUCUAGCCCGGUCAUUGAGCACAAUGGUCACGGACAGUACUAGUCAGGCUGACGACACGACAGCAUUUCUUCGUGCUGCUCGGUCUGGGAACCUCGAAAAAGUGAUCGAAUUCCUCGACACCGACUUAGAUAUUAAUACAGCCAAUUCGAACGGCUUAAAUGCUUUACAUUUAGCAUCGAAGGAUGGCCACGUUGAGAUAGUAACGGAAUUAUUAAAAAGGGGUGCUAAAGUGGACGCAGCCACGAAGAAGGGGAACACUGCAUUGCACAUAGCUUCGCUGGCCGGCCAAGCGGAGAUAGUAAAUAUUCUUAUUCAAUACGGUGCUGCAGUGAAUAUUCAGUCUCAGAAUGGGUUCACACCUUUGUAUAUGGCUGCCCAGGAGAAUCACGAUCAAGUCGUUAAAUUGCUUCUCAGUAACGGAGCCAAUCAAAGUCUCGCCACUGAGGAUGGAUUUACACCUCUUGCUGUGGCGAUGCAGCAAGGACACGAUAAAGUUGUCAGCGUUCUUUUAGAAAACGAUUCUAAGGGAAAAGUUAGACUACCGGCGCUACAUAUUGCGGCUAAGAAGGAUGACUGUAAAGCUGCCGAUCUAUUAUUGCAGAAUGAUCACAAGCCAGACGUUACAUCGAAAAGCGGUUUCACGCCGCUGCAUAUCGCCGCUCAUUACGGUAACGAGGAAAUAGCCCGAUUAUUAAUAAAACGUGGCGCCGACGUGAAUUAUUUAGCGAAGCACAACAUCAGCCCUUUACACGUGGCCGCAAAAUGGGGUAAAAACAAUAUGGUUAAAGUAUUAUUAGAAAAUUCCGCGCAAAUCGAUGCUAAAACUAGGGAUGGUUUAACGCCGCUGCAUUGCGCGGCGAGAUCCGGACACGAACAAGUAAUAACCACUCUCCUCGAACAUUCCGCACCCAUCAGCGCACGGACGAAGAAUGGACUGGCGCCGCUGCACAUGGCAUCGCAAGGCGAUCACGUGGAUGCUGCGAGGGUGUUGUUAUACCACCGAGCGCCGGUGGACGAAGUGACGAUCGAUUAUUUAACGUCCCUUCACGUCGCCGCUCACUGUGGCCACGUCCGUGUCGCGAAACUGCUUCUCGACCGAAAAGCCGACCCGAAUGCACGCGCUUUGAACGGCUUCACGCCGCUGCACAUCGCCUGCAAGAAGAAUCGAAUAAAAGUCGUCGAACUGCUGUUAAAACACGGAGCCUCGAUCGAGUCCACCACCGAGUCUGGACUGACUCCGUUACAUGUGGCCAGUUUUAUGGGAUGCAUGAAUAUCGUGAUAUUUCUACUGCAACACGAGGCGAAUCCUGACGUGCCAACGGUAAGGGGUGAAACACCUCUGCAUCUGGCAGCUAGAGCUAAUCAGACAGAUAUUAUACGAAUUUUAUUGCGAAAUGGAGCCAAGGUCGAUGCUCGCGCAAGGGAACAACAGACACCCUUGCACAUUGCAUCGCGGUUAGGAAAUAUCGAUAUUGUUAUGCUGCUACUGCAACAUGGUGCAGCAGUCGACACCACCACGAAGGAUAUGUACACAGCAUUGCAUAUCGCAGCGAAAGAGGGGCAGGAGGAGGUGGCAACUAUUCUCGUGGAAAACAAUGCUUCCCUUAAAGCUACAACUAAAAAUGGUUUUACACCCUUACAUAUCGCAGCUAAAUACGGUAACAUGAGCGUAGCAAAGAUAUUGUUACAAAGAGAUUGCAAUCUAGACGUACAAGGAAAGAAUGAUAUUACUCCGUUGCAAUUGGCAUGUCAUUACGACCAUCCGAAUGUUGCAAAUCUGUUGCUGGAGAAAGGAGCGUCUCCGCAUUUAGCUUCACAAAAUGGGCAUACACCCCUGCAUAUAGCCGCUCGAAAAAAUCAGAUGGACAUUGCUUCAACGUUGUUAGAGAAUGGGGCGAACGCGAAUGCGGAAUCUAAAGCGGGAUUCACGCCCUUACAUUUGAGCGCGCAAAAGGGACACUACGAUAUGACGAAUCUGUUGAUUGAACACGGAGCUGAUCCGAAUCACAAAUCGAAGAACGGUUUGACCGCGUUGCACCUGUGCGCCCAAGAGGAUUUCAUUAAAGUAGCCUCUAUUCUCGUUAAAAACGGUGCGAACGUGGAAAGCGAGACCGAGACUGGAUAUCGGCCGAUACAUAUCGCAGCGCACUUUGGAAAUUUGUCGAUGAUCCGAUUUCUGUUGAAACACAAUGCAAGUAUCGACGUGAAAACUAAUCAAAAUUACACACCGCUUCAUCAAGCCGCUCAGCAAGGUCAUGCCCACAUUGUUACCGCUUUGCUAGAAGGAAAUGCAUCUCAUAAAGCACGCACCAAUGACGGUUUAACUGCGUUGAACAUAGCUCAAAAAUUGGGAUAUAUAUCUGUUAUGGAGGUGUUGAAGGGCCUGUCUUACGAUACAUUGGCACCGGAUAAUAAAAAUUGGGACGAGAAGUACAAAGUAAUUGCACCCGAAAGUUUGCAGGAAACUAGUUUCAUGUCCGACUCCGACGAUGAAGGAGGUUCAGACGCGUUGAUCAGCGAGCAGCCGUAUCGGUACCUGACGGCGGACUUGAUGAAGAGCUUGAGGGACGAUUCCCUGCCGAUCGACGUUACGCGGGACGAUCCGGUGCAUAGACAAGUCACAAAAGAAGAGAAACAGGAGUUCACUCAAAGCAAUAAUUAUUGUCUAGCAGAAAACUUUGAUACUGACGGAUUUAAUCUGGGCCGGCUUCAUUUCAGAUCAUUUCUAGUGAGCUUCUUGGUGGAUGCUCGCGGGGGCGCGAUGAAAGGGUGCAGGCACAGUGGCGUACGGAUAAUCGUGCCACCGCGAAGAGCGACGAUGCCGAUUCGCGUCACGUGCAGGUUGAUAAAACCGAACAAAAUCGCAAAUCCUCCUCCUUUGAUGGAGGGCGAGGCUUUGGCGACUCGUAUCAUAGAGAUGGGACCAAUUCGCGCAACGUUCCUGGGACCUGUGUUACUCGACAUACCGCACUUCGCGUCUAUUCGAGGCAAGGAAAGGGAGAUUAUCAUUCUGAGAAGCGAGAACGGAGAGACUUGGAAGGAACACGACAAUUCUGACGAGAAUGACACCACACUCUUGAACACUUCAUACGAUCCUCAAAUGAGCGCUGCACACUCUGGCAGGAUCACUCGCAUAAUAACGACGACUUUCCCUCAGUACUUUGCCAUCAUUACGAGAAUUAAGCAAGAAGUUCAUGUAAUUGGUGCCGAGGGUGGAAUCGUAACGUCGAGCGUUGCUAAUGACGUUCAAGCCGUAUUCCCGCCGGGUGCAUUGACGAAGAAGAUCAAAGUUAGAUUACAGGCACACCUGAUACCAGCAGAACUCACAGCUAAAUUACUAGGCAAUUGUGUGGCCGUGUCACCGGUAAUAACCAUCGAACCGCGACGCCGGAAGUUCCAUAAACCGAUCAGUCUUACGAUACCUGUGCCCCAAGCUGCGAACAAAGGGAUGAUCAAUCAAUACGGUGGCGGAACCCCGACGUUACGUCUUCUUUGUAGCAUCGCAGGUAAAGAAAAUGUCCCUUUAACUAAAACGUAUUCUACCUUGUCUUUGUUAAUUGUUUGGAAAAUGACCGAAGGUGGUACCAACGAAUCGCAAUGGGAAGACGUCACCGGCUCGACGCCACUGACUUUUAUGAACGACACGGUAUCUUUUACUUCUACCGUGUCCGCACGGUUUUGGCUAAUGGACUGCAGAAACAUAGAGGCGGUCCCGAAAAUGGCUACUGAGCUUUACGAGGAAUCGUUAUUCGUGCCAUAUAUUACCAAUUUUGUUAUAUAUUCGAAACGAAUGGAUGUGCUCGAAGCGACGUUGAGGGUACUCUGUAUGACGGAUGGGAAAGAAGGGAUGCACACUUUGGAGAGGCAAGAAGAAUUCGUUGAAAUUGUCAAAAGCCGCGACGUCGAAGCACUGGAUGGAAAAGACCUUUACAUCGAGUUCAGCGGAAAUUUAAUUCCCGUGACGAAGUCAGGUGCCCAGUUGAAGUUCACUUUCAAAGCUUUCCGACAGAAUCGCUUGUCGUUCCACGUGAAAGUGAAAGACCCGUUGUUAGACCCGGUGGCUAGAAUGCUGUUCAUGCGAGAGCCGAAAAUCGCUAAGGGAGAGCCGCCACAGCAGCCGAUUUGCGUGUUAAAUAUUGUUCUUCCAGAGAUGAUAACUAAACUCGAAAAGCAAGUGAAAGAUUCGAAUAUUAUCAAUCAGAAAUUGGAUACUUAUGAAUCGAAAUACAAGAAGGAGCAUAAAGAGAAACGCGACGAACCUAAGGACACUUCGCCCUCUGAAACGAAAUUUAUUACAGACACGUUGCAAAAGGAAAGAACAGAUGCUGUCACUAUCCACGAAUUCCUUGCGCAAAAAGCGGCUUGUUCCCUAGAAUCUGUAGAUGCUAGUUAUCCCAGUAAAGUAGUCGGGCAGGAGCAAGAUUUGUCGCCGAGCGUCGAGAGACAAACCUACUCGGAGAAGAGGAAGUUCUGGGAGGACAUAUCGAGGAAACGGGAGAGUUACCAACGGUCAGAGUCGGAGAUAUCGCGUACAUCUCAACUGACGGUGAACGAGAGUGACAGCGAUUACGUGCAGAAUGUCGUCACGGAGGACAAUACGGCGGAUAUGGUCCAGGACAUGGAGAAGUCGGAGACGAUGGAGGAUUUGAACGUGCCAGACAUAUCCGAAUGCUCCGUAGCAGAGAAGGCUCAGUAUUUCGAAGAACAGAUACAGAAGGAGAUCACUAAGGUUCCGGCCAAAUUGCAACAACAGGACUCUGUUAAAUCUGAUAAGGACAAACCGGUGAAGAUUCAAGUAGAGAGAGAAGAAAAGUAUGUAAUCGAGAAGGAGACCGUCGAAGUCGAACGAAAAGAAAGGAAGGAAGAGAAGGAAUUUGUUACGGAAGAUGAAAAAGAGAAGGACGAGAGUAGACAGGUUCACGAAGAAGCGAGCAUAUCUGAAAGAGAGGUGAAGAAAGAAGGCGUAAAAGCUGACAAGGCAGAGGAGGGUAUACAGAUUCAAAAGGAAGUAAGUAUGCCUAUGAGGGAGGUGAAGAAAGAAGAGAUUGUAGAAACUGUUAAAGAAGUGAAGAAAGAAAAGGUUGUGAAAGCUGAGAUAGUGGAUGAAAAAGAGAAGGGCAAGCAGAUUCCAAAGGAAAAAGAUAUUCCUAAAACGGAAUUGAGGAAAGAAGAAAUCGUUGAAACUAAGAAAGUAAUCGUGGAAGAAGCUGAACAGAAAAAGAAAAAAAUAAGUGUACCUGAAGAGGAGAAGAAAGUAGAGAUCGCGGGAGUAGGGAAGCUUCAAGAACGGAUGGAACAGAAAGUACCUGAACAGGUUAAAGAUGUAAAAGCGGAGAAGAAAGAGAUUAAAGAGUUAAUUGUUGACGUUGCACAAGAAUCAGUAAAAAGCGCAAAGGAAAUCGCAGACGAAAGAAAGAGAUUAGAAGAGACAAUUGAAAAGAUGGAAGAAAUAAAGGAGAAAAAGCCUGCUCCGGAAAUUAGUGCAAAAGAGCUUAAGCAAGAAAGGGAAAAGGAAGUGGAUGAAUCCAUUGAAAGAAUAAAGGAAGUGAAAGCGAGGGCGGAGAAAGAAGAAAAAGCUACUGUGCAAGAGGAGAUGGUCGUAGAAACCGAGAAAGAAAAAGAAAAAAAGGAAGACGUUACAGUGAAACCAAAGACCAUCGAAGAAAAACAUGAAGCAGUAAAAGAACCACCGGUGAAGAAGGAAGUUACAGAAACGAAACUACAUGAAGUAACCGCAGAAGAACUGAAAGAUAUACGAGAGCCUGCGGGUAUGGAAGGUGACAUUAUGAAGAAAGAAACGCAAGAGGCUUUCGCUGAUUUGAUCGCGCAAGGCAGAUCGGAAACGUCGGAAAUCAAAACGUUGGACGUAGUUCAAGAGAAGACAAGUGGGAAACACGUUGUGACAGAAGAAACUACUAUUUUCUACAAAGUACAGGAGGAUGGCUCGUUGGUACAAGAACAGAUAUUAAAAGCGAUUCGAGUGGAAGGGGCAGCUGACGGCGAGGGUGCAACGAAGGUGUUCGAGAAGAGCGUCACGGAGGGAGUGCACGAAAUCAGAACGAUCGGUGACGUUAAACCCGAAGAUAUGAAAAAGGAGAUGCAGGAAUUCUUAGAAUUGGAAAGGAAAAUGGGAAUCGAAGAAGCGAUGUCAAUGAAAAAAGAACAAUUGGAGAAAGGAGAUUCUGAUAGAAAAACGGUGACCGAAAUCGAGGAUAAGACGAAGAAAGAAUCUCGUAUUCCCAUCUCGAUGGCGAAGAUGGACAAAGACAAAAUUCAGAAGGAAACGAAACCCAAAGGAACGAAACAUGCAUUGGAUAAACCUGAUGACAAAGAAUCAGACGAACAAAUUUCUCCAACGACGAAGAAGAAGGAGUUCGAAUCUCGAAUUCCGAAACGUGUCAUAGACGUGAAGUCAGCCGAGAAACCUGGAAAGAAAGAUACGCAUAUUAAGAAAGAGAGCGAGUACACGAUAACGGAAAAGAAAUCGAGCGAGGAAGUGACGUCGAAGGAGGAAUAUUUAACCAGGAAAAGCGAGACGCAAACGUUCUCCAAAGCUUUCGCCGAAUCGGCUCCGGAAGCUUUUAAGAUGUUCGAGGACAUGGAUAAAACAAAGAGUGAGUUCGCGACUGUUACCUCUAAAGUCGAUCACGAGAGAUCAACUAUGUUAGAAAAGAAAGAAGUACUCUCUUCUGAGAUAUCCAGUGGUAAAGAUAAAAUCAUUACAUUAGAAGAAAAGGAACAAGUAGAAAAGAAGAAGCUGUCCGAAUCGCAGCUGAAGAAAGAGUCGCCGACUGAAACUUUAGAGGAAAAAGUGAGCAAGAGCGAAGAAUCAGACAAGAGUGCGAUUCAGAAAAUGUCGAUGAAUUUGACGGAAACGCAGGAGGUGAUAGACGCGAGCGCAUCUGAGAAGAGAGCCGAAGCAAAGAAAGAAGAGACGUUUAAAAAACUAUCGGACGAAGAGGGCGUCACGACUCGCGAGGCGGGUAGCACAGUAUUAAGAGAGAGCGACGCGGAAGUGGCUAUUCGAAUAAAGAAAGAUGUUUCCGGAAAGGACGAAGAUGCGACGAGAACGGUGGAAGGCGAACCAAAAACGGAGAAAAUAUCGAAAACUAGAUUCGCAGACGCGGACAUAGAAACGCUUGUUCAAGGAGAAUCACACAAGGAGACCAAAGAGAGCUUCGACGUGACACAGUUCGUACCGAGUGAGAAAAAGGCGAAAGAGAAAAAGGAACCGAGCACAACAGAGGAGAGUUUAGAGGAGAAGCAGCGGCAGAAGUUUAAAGAGAUCGAGGCACGGACCAUAGCCGAAACUCUGAUUCAAUCGAUCGAGAGCGAGAUCGAGGCGAAAUCGGCAGCUGAUUUGAAAGCAGAAUUAUUGAACAAGGGAUACUUAGAGCAGAUCAUCAGCGAGAGUACCGAAACCGAUCACGAGAAGUUAGCUGACGAUUUAACGCGGAAGUUUGAAAGUAUCAUGAAGAAAUCGUUGGACAAAGAAGAUAAAGACCGAAGAUUGAGAUCGUCUAUGCACGAAGAACUCCAGGAGAUGAGCUCCUCCGCUAGAGACAGUAUAAGCGUAAGUGAGGACAUAACGAAAGACGAGGAGUCGUCCCCGCACGGGAAAGAAGAAAGUUACCCUCUGUCAUCCUCUCAAGCAAAAUUACAGGACAGGGACAUCACUAUGAGUCCCAGUAGUAUAUCUGAGCAAAUCGAUUUCGAGGAAACGAUCGACGUUGAUAUAAACGAGCUGGAGAGCGAGUCGAAGCCGACGCUGAGUCCACAGUCGGAGAAACAACGAUCGACGAAGUCGAGCAGCCAAGUGGAAUUGCAGAGAGAUCUUCCAAGCGAUAUAAGCCUUCCGCAAGAUAAGAUCGUUUCUGAGGCAUCUGGUGCCAGGGUCCUGGAGAUCCUCGAGCCUGGCUUGGACAGUCAGUCCAGGGAAGAUUCGGUGGACGUGCCGUCUCUGGAGAUGGACGAGCACAAGAUAUCCGAGCAGACCAGCAGAGGAAUCCCUUCGCUCCACGAAAGUGCGGCCACCGACUCGUUUGAAAGACUGGCUCACGAAAGGGACAUAACUAUCAGUCCUAGCACCGUAUCUGAAGACACGAACGUGGAUUAUUCGUUGGUGCAAGAGUCGUCGUUGCAGAGGGAUCGUCCUCCAACGAUAAUCACGAGAAGAGCGGAUAGUUUCGAGCUCGAGAGUCCGCCGCUGAUUUCGCCAAAACCAAAAGUUCGUGGUUUGGAAAUUAAACCUAUCAAUUGGAUGAUCGGCGAUGAGAAGAUCGAGAUUUCUGAGACGCUUGAGCCGUCGCAGAUUUUUAACCAGGAAUUGGAGGCGUAUGAGAAGAAAAAGGAGCGAUUGUCCUCACUGGAUGGGUCGACCGAUCACGAGCAGGAAUCGGGCACUAAGUCCUCGGACGAUGUUAGCGUGAUAGAGCCAAUGAGGGAACAGGCAGCGGAAGACGUUCAAGGUCCAGUGAAGUCAAAGUUUACAGUGGUUCGUGUCAGCGAAUCUGAUUUCGAGAACGAGCUAGUGGAGAACAAGUUGGAAAUUAGUUGCCAGGAACUGGUGGACACGUUGCGACGCGAGUACGAAGCGAAAACGCCUAUUAAGGAGUACGAGGAGACUUUGCGCGAAGAGAUUUCUAGCCAGCAAGCUGCAGAAUCGAAAGAAAUCGAGGAAGAAGUGUUUGAAAAAGAAGAGGUUAGCGUUACUACAGAUGAACCCGUUGGAAAAGAUCAAAAAGAAGGAGAGGAGAAGAAAAUGGAGGACGAACCGAAGAUCGACGAGGUGAAAAAGAAAGGGGAAGUCGUUUCUAAACUAGAAAUGGAGUUGAAACUGGAGAAAACGGCGAAGCCGGAAGAGGAGGGCGAGAAACUGGAGCAGGAGGCACCGGAAACUGACAGGCCAGCGCGGAUGGACGACGUGUUGAAGGAAUGGACGGAAACGUACUUGUCUAAGUUGAAGCCGUCGAGCGAGGAGUACAAAAGGCAUAUGGAGAAAGCUACGGAGAAGCACGACAAGCACGACAAGCCUGGAAGAUCGACGACAGUUCCUUCCGACACUUGUGCCUUUAAAAUAAAAAAAGACGAUCACCCCUCUAGUGUUGAUUUAAGUGCGCGCUACGCUAUAAUCGUUCUAGAUCAGGUAGUUAAAAAGGAGAUAGCCGAGGUGAAGGAGUCGCUGGAGGCCGCUAGGCAGGAUCUGAUCGAGGAGCUGAGCGAGAACAGCGAGACUGUGAUUCAAAUCAAAGACUCCCCGUCGGAGUUUCGGUUUAAGCUGCAACCCGAGUCCAUUCCGAACGAUUUACCAUUUUUAUACACACCCUCGUACCCAGAAGCUGAAACGCACGAACCCGAGCCGACAGACGAGAAGAGGGAAUCUCCAGUCGACAAGUCCGAAACGAGAGACGUCGCGACCGAGAGCAAAACAGAGGCUGACGAAUCUUCCAGCAGCAUCGAGGAGCCGAUGCGUCCAUCGAAGGAAGAUGCACCUGUGAUUAAAACCGAAAAGUCUGACGAAGAGACUGCUGCGAUAACCGUCCAAGGUGAUACGAGAGACGACGAUGAUGAUCAUCCUAGUCCCCUGCCCGCGAGCAUAUCGGGAUCGGACGUAGACAAUAAAGACGAGAGUUCUUCUCUGGCCCUGCCGCGUCCUGUGCUUCGAAGACGACACAAACCUGGGAGAAGCUCCAAGCAUCCCACUUCCGAGAGCGACUUGGACCUCGGUUCCAGUUCUGGCGAGAGUAGCAAUUAUCAGUCAUGCGAGUACGAGACCAGUAGCCGACCUAGUUCGUCCGACGUGGAGGCUAUGCAAUCCUGCGGCGUGCCCUCGGGAACGGCAUCGGAAUACGAAACUGCAAUGAUGUCCUUCGAACACUCGUCCACCUCGAAGCCGACCUCGCAGGAGUAUCACACAGCCGCGACUACGAUGAGCUCGCGCGAGUCCAUGAAAUCGCUGACUUCAUUAAGUUCAGGCCAUCUAGGUAGCAUCGACAGCACGAGCGAGUUGUCUGAGACUCUGGUACCUUCCGAAGGCGAGGCGGACAAGGAGGAACUGGAGGAAAAUCUGAACGGUGCUCUCGGAGAGGAGCAAACAGAUUCAUCGGAUUCGUCGGGCAGUGAAAUACCCAUUGACGAGCCAGUAGAUCAGAUUUACAGCAGCUCCGUACCUUGUCGCAUGAAACGGUCAUCCGAGAUGAUCUUCCCUCAAGCCGUCGACGAGUCAGGCGCCGAACCUGAGAGCAAGCAAGAACCGACGAAGGAGACGAAGGGCGUCGAUUUUGCCACGUCAACUUCGGCAGUUUCACCGACCGCGCUCAAAUCCGUGGACAUAAUGACUGCGAGAGUUUCCGAGGACGGUGUACAGAGCGUGUGCACUCAAGUGAUCUCGACUCAGGCUACGGAAACUGAUUUACCCGAGAAAAUCGACAGCGAAGCUCUAGAUGUGGAGAUGAUCGAGAAGGAAUCUGAAGAAGCCGACUUGGCGGCAGCGGAAGUCGAAUCGGAAGUGCAGAAGUACACCGCAACAGGUGUUACGAGCGAAAGCCCUGAAAUGUCGACCCAGACGACAUCGAUAAUGCAACAGGCGAGCAUGUCUACGUCUUCGACAUCCGCCGUGUCCAUUGACACGGUCGUGGGCAAAGAAAAGUCUGACCGUCAUUCGCCGGACAGUGAUUCGUUCGAGAUGGUCGACAAGCCUGACAUCAUCGAUGAUUUCGUCGUGAUAGAAGAAGUGGGUAGAGAAGCGGAGGAAUACGAUUCCGAGGGUAAGAGUAUACGAAUCAGUGCUAUUCCCCAAGUCAGCGGCAAGCAGUUUGAUCGAGAUCUGGAGAAUCUGAUAGCUGAGAAAAAGGAGGACGGUCAGGAAUCGACGAGUCAAAAGUCGAAGAACAACGAGUUGUUUGAAUUCGAAUGCGAGGAGAGUCCUCCGCAAAUAUCGAACGACGAUCAGUAUUCUCAAUCGUAUUCGGACGAUGAGCAGUACGAGGGUGGGAAGAAGUGGAUGGAGAUGCAGUUCCAGGCGGACACGCGAGUGUACGAUAUCGAGUACGACCGAGGGCCAUUGGAGGAUAUCAAAGAAGAGGAGGUCACUGACUUCGAGGCUGGCAGUAGUAGAUUCGGGAGUUUAGGUAGCCACAAGGAAUCGAUAGGUAGCGUUGGCAGUAUGCGUGGUAGUCUCGGGAGCACGCCUGAUUACGACGUGUUAGCGGGGAAGAAAUAUUUCAGUAGACCGACGGAUCACGACAACGUGUCGUUGAGCUCGUUGCAAGAGUUCGAACACCUGGAGAGUGCGGUGGCCGCUGAGAACUCGAAGAAGUUGCAGUGCGGCUCGCACGAUUCCGUGAAUAACGGUAGUCUUCCAAAAAGGUACAUGGCCAGCCGCUCGGGACACGGCGACGACAUCUCGCUGUCCUCUUUAAAGGACUUCGAGGGACUGGAGAAAGCGUGCAGGGAGGCGCAUUUGAUAGAAUUGCGUGCUAGGGAAGAGGAGGACUUGUUGGAGCACGAGAGUCCUGAGAACAAGUACAAAUUGGAGAACUUGCCGCGGACGAGAGUCGACACGAGCACGACGGGUUCGUUCAACGCAAGCACGUCGGGUUCUGACGAUUAUGAGAAGAGAAUAAAGGAGAUCGAUGAGAUCAUACGGAUAGCUCAGUCGAACGUCGAAAAGUUCGACCGGCAGGACGACACGACGGACGACGUAUCGCAGAUCGAAGUCACCGACGCUGGUGUGGCUCAGGCUGUGCAGCCUGUGUCGAAGCCCGAGGAGUCGGAAUUGCCUCUGAGAGAAGGAAACAUUAUGGAGACCAGUACGGAUUCUCUCGAGCUGGAGGAUAACAUGGAACAGAAGCAUCACCCGUUGUGUCGAAGCUCCGACUCGUUGGAGAUGAAGACCACUCUCGAUUUCCCUUCGCUGAGUUCCGAUUCGUUGAACAAUGUGCGAGAUGCGAAAGAACCGCAAUCGGACGCGGCUGGUCACGCGAGCGACGCCAGACGCAUCUCCUCGGAUUCGCUGGACAUGCCUUUGCUCGAACAGCAGGGAAGAGCAAGCCACGACGACGACCAUUCGGUCACGUCGGACAAUUCUCUGGAGCAGAGACCGGAAGCGGAAGCUGAUAAAAGCGAUCAAGCGAGGGGACCGAGCACAUAGGAAUAUUUUCGUAGAUAGUGGACCAUCAAAGUGAAAUAUGUUAAGACAUUGGUUCUCGAGGCUACAACGAUGUAUUAUCGAACCAAAUGCUUUACGUAUAUAUACCUAUAUGCAGCAUAACGCGAAGAACAAUAACGUACUAAAAGGCAGUACUCGCGUGCCCUGUGUAUACGCAAGGUGUUAACGCAAUUUGUUUUUAUUUUACGCGAUGUUUUACAUAUAAAAGGAAAGGAGAAGAUUUGUUUUACGCUUAAGUCGAGUAGUUAUGGUCUCUGAAAUAUAACAUUGUUAUUAUACAAAAAGCGAGGUAGAGGAGGAGAGAUGCGAACGACGCUUAUUAAUUAUUUCAAAGUGUAGUUAAUUUUCUCAUUUACGUAUUUAUAUCAUUAUGUGUAAUGUUGCUUCGUUGUUCAUGUUUGUUUCUAACGAUUACGCUGUACCGCAAAGGGAAACUGUAACUUUUAAACGCCAUUUAUAUGUCCUACUUGUAUGAUAGUAACGUUAUUAUAAAAGAAAACAAGUGAAACGUAAUGUUUUUGUAAAUUUUUCGAUUCUAACGUGUCUUUGUGACUACGCUUUUCUGAACGUGUCGACAAGUUACGAACGCGUUCACGUAUUGCAUAUGCUGAUUUUUUCGGAAGACGUUUUUGCGAGCCCCGGACGCUCGUCGAUCUUGAUCGCGUGGUGUUCAUGAAUGAGGGAAGAAAAAAAUUAAAAUAUAAUAUAAUAUUAAUUGAAUAGGCAAAUUUUAUAUACAAACCGUAACACUUAAGAUAAGUAGGAGAAAACUAUCAGGAGAUCGAAUUCUCUGGUCAAUGUACGACGCGUAUGUGCAAAAUGUUGUAGACAUUUCUUUUUUAUGCGAAAUUCUAAUCGACUAUGAAACGUUGCUUUAGACCUCUUGUUUGCUUGACUCGAUGUGAUCUUAUUAUAUUGGUCAUGGCGACGAUUUUUGCGUUAAGUAUCAUCGAGGUUUUUGACAAUGUUAAUCAUUUGUCUCCAGAGUCUGUUUUUCCAUCGACGAAAAUAUAAAUCUAUACGAACAAAACGAUUCUAUAUAUAAUCAUUUAUUGAAACCCCGCUAUUCGUUGCAUCAUAGCCGAAGCAAUAAUCUUGUCAAUAUGUAACGAGUCAAUAAAGGGAAGAGAUUGUAAAAUAAAACGAAGGAAGCAGUGAGAAAAAU